AUGAAAAAUCUGAUCUGUUUGCAAUAUAUGAUUCCUAUUUUUAAACCAAAUUCUAUUAGCAAGAAAGUUUUUGUUACUAUGUUCCAAACAAACUUACUUCAUUACAAAAAUUAUUUGAUGAGACCGAUCAAAUUUUCCACUGCUAAGUCUGUCAUAAAGAUUAAACUUCCUAUAACAUUAACAAUAGCAUGGCCUGCAAAACUAAAAUUUACAUCUUUAGAACAGAAAGAGAUCUUUAAACCUUCUGUGGAAGUAACCAAUGUUGCUGAUUCAUUGUUUGAAAAUGGAAAAUAUGAGGAAUGCUUCAAACUUUUAUCAAGCACAGAGGAUCAAAAUAACAUAGAAAUUAAAUGGCGUGUAUGUCGCGUUUUGUACAAUAUAGCAAAACAGCCUAAACAUGACCAAGCACAUAGAGAUGAGCUGAUUUCAAAAGCCUACAGCAUUAUUGCUGAAGAAUUAGAAAACCAUUGGGAUCAUUUUGCUGUCCAAAAAUGGUAUGCCUUAAUAUUGGACUUAAAGAGCACUAAUGAUGGUGUAAGAAAAAAGAUACAAGAACUGCCGAAUAUUAAAAAACAUAUGGAAUUGGCGAUUAACUUAAACCCAAACGAUGCUGCACUACUCCACAUGCUUGGCGAAUGGUGUUAUCAAGUCACUGAGUUUCCAUGGCACCAACGGAAAACAGCCGAAGCCCUAUAUAUGCCUUUACCUUACUCCACGUAUGAAGAUGCCCUAGACUAUUUUUUAAAAGCAGAAGCAGCUCAGCCAAGAUUUUAUAGUGUCAACUUAUUGAGACUUGGUUGUUGCUAUCUCAAAUUGAAUAAGGAGGACCAAGCAAAGUAUUACCUAAAAUUGGCUGCCAGUUAUCCUGCUAAGUCGAAUGACGAUCAUCUUGCUAAAAAAGAGGCAGCCAAGAUCUUAAGGAAAUUGAAAGUUAAGUGCGAUUUUACUAUAUCGCCAUAA